AUGCCGCGUCUCAAUAAAGCCAAAAGAGCCGCCCGAUCGCGUGCCGCCGCUCUGCGGGGCCGCGCUGCCCGCAAGCCCGCGCCCACUACCCCCCGCCGCGCUGCGCCCACACCCCCCCGCCGGCCUGCGCGUACCCGCAAGCCCGCGCCCACCACCCCCCAUCGCCCUGCGCCCACCACCCCCCGCCGGCGCCCGCUCCCCGGCCCGGCCUCGACUCCCCGCCGGCCUCCCCCUGGUGCGCUCCGCGUGCAGUCCUGUCUGGGCUGCAUAAAGAGUGCGCUCGCGGGGCGCUCCAGUGGGGAGUGCCAUGAUUCCGCCACUGGCGGUUCGCGCUGCUGGCGCUGUUCCUCCGGGCACAGCUGCCUGCCCCUUCCCCCCGUCGCCGUCGUGUAUGCGCGGCGCCUUGUUGCGGCGCUCGUCGCGGAGGACGAGCGGGCUGCGUCCUAGCUUUAGCUAGUUCUUUAAGCUCUGCUUAAAG